GCGCGAGGCACGGGAGCAGCGGGGCGACAAAGCCUGGAGACGCCGUCCUCUGAUUGGCAAUGAACGCGACGUGAGGAGGCGUGUGGAGGAGCAAUGGAGUGGCGGCGUGGCUUUGUUUACCCAACCAUCAGCCGCUGCACGAAAACCACACAAUUAUAUAAACGCCGCUAUCCUCCCCUCCUCUGUCUCCAACUCACCAGAUCAUCACCUACUCGUAUGUGCAUCCCAAUUUCUUCAUCUCGCUGCGUCAACACCUCAGAUGGACCGGACCGCCAGACCCGCCGCUGUGACGUCACCAGGCUUCAUGGAGCGUGACAUUCUAAACGAGGACGUGGAGAAAGGGAAGAGUGAGAGAGUCCUGACUGUGGGGACGCUGGAAGACGAUACAGCGCCCCUAGUGACCGCCUCCCCCUGUGAUGAGCGACCCCGAGAUGCUGGUGGUGCUGGUGGUGGGGAUGGAGGCGUUCACGUCCACUCAAGCAUGGCGACCCGAGUGCUUCCAAGACUGCUGGUGAUAUGUCUGCUGGCUGUGCUUCUCCUCGGCUCCGUGCUGGGGAACAUGAGACACGGUAGACCAACAGCUGAAGGGAAGAAUCAGAAGCCGGUGGUAGCCCUGAGUCAAGAUCCCAUUACUGAAGAGGAGGGCUUGAAUCUCCGUCCCAUUAUUGGAAUACUGUCGCAGGAGCUGAGCAGGAGCAUGGACAACGCCCUGCAGCCCCACAACUACAGCUCCUACAUCGCUGCCUCCUACGUCAAGUUCUACGAGAGUGCUGGAGCUAGAGUGGUGCCAGUGCUGAUCAAUCAAGAAGAUGAAUACUACCACAACAUCGCCUCCUCUGUCAAUGGCGUGGUAUUCCCUGGAGGGUCAGCGUCUAUCACUAACUCCAGUGGGUACGGGCGGGCAGGGGACUUGCUGUAUCAACUUCUGCAGAAACGAGACCCGCCAGUACCGCUGCUCACCACUUGUCUGGGCUUUGAGAUGAUGAUGUACCUGGGCGCCAACAACACCUACCCCCUGACGCGCUGCAAGGCCUCCAGCAGGGCCGACCCGCUCUACCUCCUGCCUGACUGGGAAUCGUCCAGACUGCUGGGGAGUGCUCCAUCUGAUGUUCUGGAGACUUUCAUCAUGACAAACUCCACCAGCAACUUCCACAAGUACUGCGUCCUGCCAGAGACCUUUGAGGAGCUGGGCCUAGACCAGGAGUACUUUGUACUGUCGACGUCCAUAGAUGACGAAGGGGUGGAGUACAUCUCCACAGUGGAGCACAAGACUUUGCCGUACUAUGGCGUUCAGUGGCACCCUGAGAAGAACCCCUUCGAGUGGAAAUUCUCCUCCAUCCCUCACUCCCGCCGCGCCAUCAGAGCCGCGCAGUACAUUGCCAACUUCUUUGUUGAGGAAGCUCGCCAUAACAACCAGACCUUCGCCACGGAAGAGGAGGAGAAAGAAGCUCUCAUCUACAACUACUGCCCCAUGUACACUGCCGAUCUCUACUCCUCCUCCUCCUUCCAGCAGUGCUACUUCUUCCCCUGACCUGCUCGCCCUGGACCACUGCACCACUCUCUUCUUUAGGCUCGUAUUCUCAAACACUCCUGUGCUUCACCUCCACUAUUUCAAAAGGCUAUAUUUUAAUUUACACGAGUUUUUAAGGUUUUUACGGUUCUAGAGGCAGAAUGACAAAUUUUUUGCAUUAUUGACUGGAGAAACACCACUCUUGAAAACCCGGCUAGGCAUCUCUGUGCCCUUGGAAAACAUUCGUGGUGAGAGAGCAAAGCGUUUUUUAAUACGGAUCUUAGACUCACAUGUAAUCAUUCUGCUUCUGUGGCUGAGUCAAGGGAGAGUGUUUGGUAAGUGGCUUGCAGUUUGUCCUCUCAUUCUGUUGUUCAUCCAUCAAACUAAGAGAAAUUUUAUGUAUAUUUGACUUGCCCGUGUCUUGAGUGGAAUUACAAAAUGUGUUUCUUUUAGUCUUUUUUUUCAGGAUUCAUAAGGGUGGAUUAUUUUGCAAGGCCAGUUAAUUCUUUCUUUCUUCAUGUUUAAUUUGUAUUAUUUUUCAUAAACUAAAGUCUGCAUUUAUUAAAGUCCUGUAUGGUGAGGAGAUGGUACUCUAAUAUUUUCACCAUGAUAGACUUCUUACCAUACAAGUACAGUAGUUCUAGUGGUUAAAUAUUAUGAUACUGUGUGCAAAUGCUUUUACAUAUACAGUAUUUGAAAAGGUUGUGGUGUUUUAAACAAUAAAUAUUGAAGAAAAAAAAAUUA